UUUGUGCCCUCUUUUUAUCAUUUCUUUUCCUUUUCUUCUUCUUCUUCUCAAAUCUUUUUUUCUCAUUUAGGGUUUCGUCGCUGGCAAAAAUCGAAGGAAGUAAUUCAACACGAAUUCGAUCGGAAUCGUGAAGGUUGUAUUCGAACUUCGACAUCAUCAACAUCUUCCCCAAUUUCGAAGCUCUCUUUCUUUCUUCUGCCGACGUUUUGCUUCAAUGGUAUCUUGUUGAUUCUCCAAGGCGCUAUCAUCUUGACUACGACCUCAUAAUAAGAUUAGGGUUUGUGAUUCCUGUCUAGGGGUUUUCUGAGAAGGGGACGACGGCUUUGAGAGGAUAAUGUGUAUAUUGUGCGUUAUUCAAAAGUGGUCUCGUCAGGUUGCAACCAUGCUGCCUUGGUUUGUUAUACCUUUGAUUGGACUGUGGGCUCUCUCUCAGCUUCUUCCACCUGCUUUUCGUUUCGAGAUUACUUCCCCGAGGCUUGCUUGUGUGUUUGUGCUACUGGUUACUCUCUUCUGGUACGAGGUUUUGAUGCCUCAGCUUUCCACGUGGCGUGUGAGGAGAAAUGCUAGGCUUAGGGAGAGAGCGAGACUAGAGGCUAUUGAACUACAGAAGCUGAAGAAAAAUGCGACUAGGCGUUGCCGUAACUGCUCCACGCCUUAUAGGGAUCAGAAUCCAGGUGGUGGAAAAUUCAUGUGUUCGUAUUGUGGGCAUAUAUCGAAGAGGCCUGUUUUAGAUAUGCCCGGGUUAGAGAUUUCUGGUUCAGGGAUUUUGAAGGAGCUUGUUGGAAGAAGUGGAAAGAUUUUGAAUGGGAAGGGAUGGAGUGAGCACGGAUGUUUAAACAGGCAAGAGUGGUGUGAGAGCAGCACGUUGAGUAACAGGUCAAGCUAUUGGCGGACUAAUGGUGGUGAUACAUUUGAUGGAGAUGAAAAUUGUUUGGUGGAGAAUUCGUAUUCUGGUGGUGUUGUUUUUGCUUGCAGGCUGCUGACUUCUCUUUUUAUGAGCAUUAGGUGGCUCUGGAGAAAGAUUUUUAGGUUUAGCUCAGUUGAUGAUUCAUCACUUGACCCUGAGCAGAGACGGUUACUGGCUAAACAGGGUGAGAAUGGGUCCAGCUAUCACGAGAGUAGGAUAGAAAAGGCACGUAGAAAAGCGGAGGAGAAAAGACAAGCUAGACUGGAGAAGGAGCUUUCAGAGGAGGAAGAGAGAAAACAAAGAGAAGAAGUUGCAAGACUAGUGGAAGAACGGAGAAAGCUGAGAGAUGAGGCCGAGAAAUGCAGCAAAGUAGUACUGGCUGCCAAGGAGAAAAUCAUCAAAGAGGCGGAAAAGAAGCGUCAGGAGAGAAGGAAAGAGAGGGAUAAAGCCUCAAGUAAGUGCAGUUCUGAUGGUAAAGAGCAUGACAAGAAAACAGGAAAGGAAACCGCGCAGAAGCGCAGUGUUGAUAAGAAUGAUCAUCUGGAACAUGAUAGGGGCUCCAACAUGGAAAAGAGAUAUGGACAUGGUGUAGAGAAUAAUGCCACUAGUAACGAUACAAAAUCUGGCGGUCGGUACUUUGAUCGAAUGAAGGGUACAAUCUUAUCUUCUUCUAAGGCUUUCAGUGAUAGCCGUUUAUUUGGGAGAGGCGUUACUACGUCUGCUACUAGCGCAAAGGAAAAUAAACCCAUCGGUUCUGCAGAUAAUUUUCAUGCCUCUGCUCAUACUAAUCCUCCUGAACUCGUGGCUGUGAAAUCUUUUCUUAAUGAAGUGGAGACGAAUGCUAAUCGUUCAGUUGUUACUGAGCCAAUGCCGACAAGAGAACCUAGAAAGGCAUGGCACCAACUGUUUGCCCGUUCAACUUCUGUUCCUGUUUCCUCGAGUGUUAGUACUAUAAGUAGACCUAGUACAAAGCCCCAGGAAGCUUCUCAGACCUCACAUGUAUCCAGUCAAGUUUCUUCAAUACGAACCUUUGACAAUCCCAUCAGUUUUGGCCUCCCAUCACCUUUCGCCAUACCAGUGUGCUCUAGUGGAUCCACUACCUGUAGUUUAGGUUUCUCACCUCCAACAGAGAUUGCUUUCGCUCAACCUGGCGAAGAUGAACAUUUUGAAGAUCCGUGUUAUGUUCCGGAUCCUAUAUCUCUACUGGGACCUGUUUCAAAAUCUCUUGAUCUAAGGGCUGGGUAUGAAACUGGAAUAGGACUGGCAAAACACCGUGCAAUGAAGAAUUCACCUACAUGUGAAAUCAGCAAGCCGUCGCCAAUAGAAUCUCCUUUGUCCAAAUCACGGGCUGCGGAUGAAAAACAAGCUAACGACGGAAGCUGGCAAAUGUGGAAGAGCCCCCUUGGCCAAACUGGUCUUGGUUUAGUUGGUGGGUCAGCAAACUGGAUCAUACCUUCAGAGACAGCUAGAGCUAACGAGGAAAGUGGUAUGCAUCAUGUGCCUCAUCAUAUAACAUCCUCAUUAUUUGCAAAAGAGGAUGCUUAUUCACAUAGGGACAGUCCUGAAAGUGAUCACCAAAACAGCGUAUUCAGCCCCAUUACUGGUGGUCCAAGCAACCAUGAUCCUUGGUCGCAGAAUAUGUUCUUCCCUGCAUUAUCUGGCACGGAGAGUCCUUUUUCUUAUAGCGUACAAACAGAAAGCAUUCUCUUGAACAGUGCAGCGGAGUACAGGAGUCCAACUGGAUCUGCUCAAGACAAUCCAUUUGAACACCCUUCUCCGAAUCACUGGCUCAAGAAAGUAAAGGGCUCAGGGGAUGGGACUGGGAAGUAAUAUGUUGCGGCAGGUGAAGUUGAGAACCACCAAGAAGAUGUAGAAUCGUUUUGGUAGUCACAAAUUCAAACAGAACAAAAAAAAUGAGGUCAAUUUUUACAGAUAGUCGCACUUGGUCUGUGUCUUGUCUGUCUCUCUCUUUGUCCUCUCGAGACUUCAAUGGUGAUUUUGAGUUUUUUACUUGAAAACAGCUCCAUUGAAAACGCAUAACUAUAGUCAAGUACUCUUUACUUUGAUAAAGUCUCUCACUUAACUGGA